AUGAUCGAACUUUAUGGUGCCCGACCCUUGACCGGAGAAUCAAGGCUGCUGAGGGGCGUGAAAGCUGUGUGUCGAUCUAUGGAGAUCCUGAAGCAGUACUGCAUUGGUGAAGUGCGCGCCACUCCAGGGACCAAGGUGUUCAGCGUCGAGUAUGACGAAAACCAAAAGGACAAGGAGUUUUAUGAAUGCUUGAAGCAGCGUGUUGGCAAGUACUUCAAAGACAACAAGUUGAAUCCAAGAUUUUCAAUUGAGAUGUAUGUGAAGUUUGCAACCAUCAUGGUAUGCUUGGCGCUUGUCACGUACGGGGCCUUCUUCUACCCUUUCAAGAGCUUCUUGAGCUCAUUCAUCUGCGCGGUUGGCCUGGGUUUUUUUUCAGCUGAGGUGGGCUUGUCCAUCCAGCAUGACGCCAACCAUGCUGCCUUCAGCACCAUCCCCUUUGUCAACAAGGUUGUGGGCUUCACCCUGGAUGCUGUUGGGGCAUCGUCCUUCAUGUGGAAGCAGCAACACGUUGUGGGCCAUCAUGCCUACACGAAUGUGGACGGUGUUGACCCUGACAUUCGGGUGAAAGAUCCUGAUGUGCGGCGCGUAACGCACAACCAGCCUUGGCAGCAAUACCAGAUAUACCAGCACAUAUACCUGGGAGCUCUGUAUGGCCUGCUGGCAGUGAAAAGCAUCUUCGUUGACGACUUCAGUGCGCUGGCGAAUGGCCACAUCGGUGCUGUGCCCCUCACCAGGCUCACCGCUGAGGAGCGGGUCGUCCUUUGGGCCGGGAAAGUGGUGUGGUCACUGUACUACCUGGUGCUUCCUGUUGUGUACAGCCCCCACGGCAUGUUGAAGCUCAUGAUUUUGUGGAUCACUGCACAGCUGGUGACUGGGUGGAUGCUUGCUUUCAUGUUCCAGGUGGCCCAUGUGACUGGUGAUGUCGACUUCUUCAGUGAGGACGAAAGCAACAAUGGGCGUGUCCCUCGAGGCUGGGCGGCUGCUCAAGUCCAAACCACCGCUGACUUUUCACAUGGAUCGUGGUUCUGGACUCAUGUCUCUGGAGGUCUCAAUUACCAGGUAGUCCACCACCUAUUCCCUUGGGUGUGCCACAUGCACUACCCCAAAAUUGCUCCCAUAGUGCUGGACGUGUGCAAAGAGUAUGGCGUCAAGUACGUUGUGUACCCCACGUUCUGGGCUGCGGUGCAGGCCCACUUUCGGUAUCUUUCUGCAGUGGGGAAGGGACCCAAGGGCAAUUGA